GUACCUUGUCCGAUAUGAAAAGUAAUAGCGAAAUAAACAAAACAAAAACUUGAUACAAAAACAGGUUUGGGAGAUUGCGCCGACGUGUGUCGGCUGCAUGUAUGUCGCAACUCAGAUCCAGGCCACAGGUAGCAGGUGCAACCUUGCUUGCAUUCAUUUGCUCCUCAUAAGACGAACUCUCUCUCUAUCUUUUGGAACGAUACCUAGAACCAUGUCAAAUUUCAAAGAAGGAUUUAUUACAUUGAACUAUGUUCCAACACAUGUUAUGACAUGGGGUGGUUGGAUUGAUGAACCUAAUGUCUUAUCAAAGGAGAAAGAAGUCCUACUUUUGUUCACGGGUAACCCUGGAGUUGCCAUGUUCUACUCUGAAUUUCUUCAGCAAUUGCAUGACAGGUUAAAGAUGCCUGUCUGGGUCAUAUCACAUGCUGGUCAUGAGCUUCCUUCUGGGUCCGGGUUGAUUCCAAAUCUUGAUAAGAAUCAGCAGCUAUAUGAUGUUGAGGGACAGAUCGUAAACAAAAAGGAAUUUGUUAAGCGAUACAUACCAAAAGGGUGUAAGAUUCAUCUUCUAGGACAUUCUGUCGGAGCAUAUAUGGCUCUACAGCUCCUGAAGGAUGAUGAUUUUGCUGAACAAGUUCAAGCAUCGUAUCUCCUUUUCCCUGUUUUGGAACACAUUGCCGACACUCCAAAUGGACGUUUCCUGAGUAAAGUAGUGGUUCAUAUACUUUGGCUUGUGUACUUCUUGGCAGGAAUAUUUUUUGUAUUGCCUAAAUUUGUUCAAAUGUCUCUUCUUUUCCUGUAUCUUAGGCUGUUUGGAACAGGCACAAGUAUAACAGUUAAGCAUGCUGUUAUACAGCUCAUUAAUCCAAAGAUUUUACGAAGUGUUUUUUCUUUAGCUUUAGAUGAAAUGCAGGUAAUCAAAGAACUAGAUGUGGAACUUAUUAAUAAAAGGAAAGGAAAACUUGUUUUGUAUUAUGGGGACCAUGAUAGAUGGGCUCCUGUCUCCCACUAUGAGAAGCUUAUCAAAGCUGUUCCCGGUGUACAAGCUCAAGUGUGUCAGAAAAGUUUGGACCAUGCAUUUAUGUUGUGUAAGCCAUCCUAUUUGAUGGCAGAAGUUGUUGAAGAGAUGGUACAGAAAAAACGGGUAAAUAAGUAAUUUUUUCUUUUAUGGAGGGUUUUGUACAACAUUAACUUGCUCAAUCUUCUCAUAAAGUAAUAUAUCAGAAUUGCUAUAAAUUUGAUAUUUUUGUUCCACGUUAGUAUUCUCUUUAGAUAAGUGACUGUGCUUUGUGUAGUGUGUGCACCUGCAUUCCUGAAAGAACAACGAAGUUGUGAUCUCUUGCACCAUGUGAAGUUCAAUUAUUUUUUCUUGAAUGCAAUCUUUUAGCUUGAUUCUCUACUUAGAUAAGAAAUAACUACCUAUUAUUUGUAACAUCAGUGGUCCAAUCUGAAACUCUCUAUUUGUAAUCUUUAAGGUGGCAUGAUGUGGUCAUGUUACAUUCAGUUUCGAGUGUAACUUUGAGCAAUAUGAAAAAUUUUGUUCUCCUAUAAGCUGCGUCAACAUAAAAGUGUUGCUUGGGUUGGCCAAGCAGUCCUCUCGUCUGGAUAUGGAUGGAUAUGGAUACCUUUCCUAUGGUUACGGAUACUGUUACUUUUCCUUGUGAAGAAAUAUUAGAUAAGACUGUGUUUUAAGGGUAACCCACAAUCACAGACAAAUAUACAGUAACAGUUUAUUAUAUUCAUCAAAUACAAAAUAUUAAUAAAAUUGCUAACAGACAAACAAAGAA